UUCGAAUUGUUGCGUCACUUCCCUGGAGUGACGCAGCUGCGGGUCAGAGGCGGCAGCAAAAUGGCAGCCCCAGAGGAGCGGGAGCUGUCGGCGGAGCAAACGGAGAAGCUGCUUCAGUUUCAGGACUUGACUGGCAUAGAGUCCAUGGACCAAUGUCGUCAUACACUGGAACAACACAACUGGAACAUUGAGGCAGCUGUUCAGGAUCGACUGAAUGAACAAGAGGGUGUCCCAAGUGUCUUCAAUCCACCACCUUCCCGACCACUGCAAGUCAACACUGCCGACCAAAGGAUUUACAGCUAUGUUGUUUCAAGACCACAACCAAGGGGCUUGUUAGGAUGGGGUUACUAUUUGAUAAUGCUUCCAUUCCGAUUUACAUAUUACACAUUACUUGAUAUAUUUAGGUUUGCUUUGCGUUUCAUACGCCCUGAUCCUCGUAGUCGGGUCACUGACCCCGUGGGUGACAUUGUUUCAUUUAUUCAUAUGUUUGAAGAAAAAUAUGGAAGGAUACAUCCUGUCUUCUACCAGGGAACGUAUAGCCAGGCACUGAACGACGCAAAGAGGGAGCUGCGUUUCCUCCUGGUUUACCUGCAUGGUGAUGAUCAUCAAGAUACUGAUGAAUUCUGUCGCAACACUCUCUGCGCGCCUGAAGUGAUCUCCCUUAUAAAUACCAGGAUGCUUUUCUGGGCUUGUUCCACAAAUAAGCCUGAAGGAUACAGAGUUUCUCAGGCUCUGCGUGAGAACACCUACCCAUUCCUGGCAAUGAUCAUGUUGAAAGAUCGCAGAAUGACUGUAGUGGGAAGGUUAGAAGGACUCAUCCAACCCGAUGACCUCAUUAAUCAACUGACAUUCAUCAUGGAUGCCAACCAGACAUACCUGGUGUCUGAGCGCCUGGAAAGAGAAGAGAGAAACCAAACACAGGUCCUGAGACAGCAGCAGGAUGAGGCAUAUCUGGCUUCUUUACGGGCAGAUCAGGAGAAAGAUCGCAAGAAAAAAGAAGAGCGGGAGAGGAAGAAAAGGAAGGAGGAGGAGGUGCAGCAGCAGAAGCUGGCAGAGGAGAGGAGGAGACGGACUUUGCAGGAGGAGAAAGAACGGAAAUCUGAAUGCCUUCCGCCAGAACCUCAUCCCGAUGACCCAGAAAGUGUCAAAAUCAUCUUCAAAAUGCCUAAUGACUCCAGGGUGGAGCGGCGAUUCCACUUUACACAGUCAUUAACGGUGAUCCAUGACUUCCUAUUCUCUUUGAAAGAGAGCCCAGAGAAGUUCCAGAUUGAGGCCAACUUCCCUCGCCGUGUCCUGCCCUGCCUUCCCUCAGAGGAGUGGCCUAACCCGCCCACGCUCCAAGAAGCCGGACUGAGCCACACGGAAGUUCUCUUUGUGCAGGACCUCACGGACGAUUGACACUUUUCCAAAAUACAGAGAUGGAAAGAGAUUCCUAUUAUAAUACAAUAUUUUUUUUAAAAGACUGCUGCGUACAAAAUGAGGGAUCAGAGACUACGUGGCUUUGGCCAGCCACACCCUGUGUCUGCACUGGCGAGAGAAACGGCACACUCACGCACACGCAACCCUUUUACAUUCAGAGGGCAGAGGGGAGGGGCCACGGCGACCCUCCCAAGGUCAGGAAUGGCAGCUCUUGGUAAAUAUUGCUUUUAUUGAAAAUGAUACACCCCAACUUUCUGACAUUAGAAAACCUGUUACUCGCUGCUUGUGACAGCCAGAGGACACCAUCACCUGU